AUGGCAUUGAAUCCGGGUGGUAUCACUAUCGAGACGGAAAAGGAGCUUGAUGAGAAGUACCCAAACAGACCACGUAACCAUGGGCCAACACUCCCUUUCCAUGACCUUUUCAUCUCACUGUUCAACCCUCUUAAUGACCUUAAGAAGAAGCCCGCAGGGCCACCAGCAGCUCGAAGGAAGGGAGGGCCUCAUGGGCGCAGCAAUCUGUCGCCACAUGAGUUACGCCGUAACAUAAUCGAACGGUUUAUUUCUCGAUGGCGGCAACAGGUGGGCAAUGACAUUUUCCCCGCAUUCCGGCUUAUAGUUCCCGAAAAAGACCGCGAUCGGGCCAUGUACGGAUUAAAGGAAAAGGCCAUUGGCAAGCUCCUUGUUAAAGUCAUGAAGAUUGAUAAGAACUCUGAAGAUGGCUAUAAUCUUCUGAAUUGGAAACUUCCAGGGCAAAGAGCAACAGCAAUGACCGGUGAUUUUGCUGGUCGCUGCUUUGAAGUCGUCUCCAAACGUCCAAUGAAAACGGAAGUGGGUGAUAUGUCGAUAGCUGACGUUAACUCCCGACUUGAUGAAUUGGCUGUCGCUUCUAAGGAAGACGAGCAGCUACCUAUACUUGCCGAAUUUUACAGACGGAUGAACCCAGAAGAGUUGAUGUGGCUAAUUAGGAUUAUCCUGCGGCAAAUGAAAGUCGGUGCUACCGAACGUACCUUUUUUGAGAUCUGGCAUCCGGAUGCAGAGAGCCUUUUCAAUAUUUCCAGUAGUCUUCGUCGAGUGUGCUGGGAAUUAUACCUACCAAGUAUCCGCUUGGAAGCCGAUGAGGCGCGCGUAACUCUUAUGCAAUGUUUCCAACCUCAACUUGCUCAGUUUCAAAUGCACUCUUUUCAAAAGAUGAUUGAAAGGAUGAGACUUGCUGAGGAUGACCCUCAGUUUUGGAUUGAAGAGAAGUUAGAUGGCGAGCGUAUACAGCUUCAUAUGGAGACCAACAGCUCGGUGCCCGGUGGAAAGAGGUUUGAAUUUUGGUCAAGGAAAGCCAAAGACUAUACAUACUUAUAUGGAAAUGGUUUCCAUGACGAGAACGGAUCUCUAACGAGACACCUUAAGAAUGCCUUUGCAGAUGGAGUUGAAAGUAUUAUUCUCGAUGGUGAAAUGAUUACAUGGGACCCUGAGCAAGAUGCCCCUGUGCCGUUUGGUACACUGAAGACUGCAGCCUUAGCAGAGCAACGGAAUCCGCUUUCUACAAGUGGCCAUCGGCCUCUAUUUAGAAUUUUUGAUAUCGUAUAUCUCAACGGCAAGGCUCUGACUCGAUAUACGCUCCGAGACAGGCGUCGAGCAUUGGAAGCGAGUGUGGUUUCAGUCCACCGACGUUUUGAAGUUCAUACAUAUGAAGUUGGUAGAAGCGCGAGUGACAUUGAACCUCUCCUUCGAAAAGUGGUGGCAGAAGCGUCUGAAGGAUUAGUCUUAAAGAAUCCUAACUCACCAUACCGGCUCAACGAACGCAAUGAUGAUUGGAUGAAAGUGAAGCCAGACUAUAUGACGGAGUUUGGUGAGUCUCUCGACUGCAUUGUCGUGGGUGGUUACUAUGGCUCCGGUAAAAGAGGCGGAAAUAUCUCAAGCUACCUUUGCGGCCUGAGGGUUGAUGAUUCUCACGACCAGCAGGGAACCAACCCGAUGAAGUGCUAUUCAUUCUGCAAAGUUGGCGGAGGGUUCACAGCCGCUGACUAUGCAAAUAUUCGUCACCAUACGGAUGGCAAAUGGCAUGACUGGGAUGCCAAAAGGCCACCUACCGAAUUCAUAGAGCUUGCAGGUGGUGAUGCGCAGUACGAACGCCCAGAUGUGUGGAUCAAGCCUGACGAUUCAGUUGUCCUAUGCGUUAAGGCAGCAGCUGUUACGCCCAGUGAUCAAUUUAGACUGGGCUUAACAGUUAGGUUCCCUCGUUUUAAACGCUUACGAAUGGACAAGGACUGGAAGAGUGCACUCUCCAUUCAAGAAUUUAUGGACCUAAAAGCAGGUGCUGAGCAGGAGAGGAAAGAAAAGGACUUUCAAGUAGACAACUCUCGCAGGAAGAAGAUCAAGCGAAGCAGAAAGGAGCUGACAGUGGCUGGCUCCGGUCAGGCGAAGGCUGCUUACCUAGGAGAGAAAGGCCAUGCUUUUGACGGACUUUCAUUCUUCGUCAUGUCCGAGUCCUUAAAGCCAGUCAAGAAAUCUAAAGCUGAUCUGGAGCAGCUGAUCAAGGCAAAUGGAGGGAAGAUAUAUCAAACACAUACCGCAUCGAAGAAUACCUACUGUAUUGCGGAUAGGAGAACUGUGAAAGUUGCCUCACUACAGAAGGCUGCCAUUGAGAAUGUCAUUCGACCUUGUUGGAUUUUUGAUUGCAUAGAACAAAGUGAACAUGAUAUUGGGGAAGAUGGAGUACUACUCCCACUGGAACCACGACAUAUGUUCUUCACGACAGAAGAUCAGAAGGAAGAGAUCGCCAACAAUGUUGACAAAUACGCGGACAGUUAUGCCAGAAACACCACUAUAGAAGAACUGACAGAGGUUCUUCGAAAGAUGCCUGUAAUAUCUGAUGUAUCUGCAGAACAAAGGCUAGAUAUUAUGUCUGACUUUGCCUUGGAUUUUCAUGAAGGCGCCGCCUAUAAUGUAGCAGGUUGGCUGCUUAAAGAUUUUACGAUAUUCUUUUACCCCUGCAGUAAGCCUUCGAAAGUGCCGAGCGAGCCAUGUGCUAAUGGCUUAUCGAUGCGUCAGCAACUUGCUCGAAACACGGCCAUUUUUACAGGGGCCACAGUUACAGACCAUCUGGAUAACAACCGGAUCACCCACGUUAUCGUCGAUCCAUCAGAGGACAGGGAUCCGGAGACUGGAAAGGCCAAGAACUACGAUGUUCUUAGAUCAGAAUUUGCUUCCCGCCGUGCGAUUCCACACUUUGUGACUGUUCGGUGGAUAGAGGAGUGCUGGAAAGAAAAGACUUUGGUUGACGAAGAACGAUUCCCUGCGCCAAAAGUAGGAGCUACGGGAUAG